AUGCAAAUUAAUUCUGUAGAAGAAUAUUUUGAACAAUUUGAAGCUCUUAAGGUUAUUAUGCUAAGCAAGAACCAAUAUCUUACAGAGGAUUAUUUUAUAUUGAGUUUCAUUAGUGGAUUGAAGGAGAAAAUUUGUGGUUCUGUCUUGAUGUUUCAUCCUCAAUCUCUCAUGGAGGACUUUUCAUUAGCUCGUAUAGAGGAGCAGAAACACUCUUUGCUAUAUAGAACCACUAAACCAUUCUCAAAACCCAUCACCAAUUCGUUUUCUACCAGCAGAGUUUUCUCUCAGUCUAAUUUUCCUCCAAAACCAAUCAUCACCAUUCCCAGUACACCUAAGUCUCCACCAUCCGCCUACAAACCAUGUCUUACUACUCAUACUCCCAACACACCCACCAACUCUUCCUCUAUACCACCCAUUAAAAGAUUAGAUCAAGAACAAAUGCAGGCUAGGAGACCUAAGGGACUGUGUUACAAAUGUGAUGAACUUUAUAAACCUGGUCAUUGGUAUAAGAGACAAAUACUAUUUAAGCUUAGUGCUGAAGCUCCUGUGGAGGAGGAUGUUACUGUAGAAGAAGAAGUUUUUGAGGAAGCAGGAGAGACUCCAGUGGACUCUGACAUGGAAAUCUCCCUACAUGCUCUUACUGGAACUAUCUCUGGUGACACAAUUAGAAUUUCAGGUCUGCUUAAGAAGCAUAAAAUUUCUAUAUUAAUUGAUUCUGGUAGUAUGCAUAGCUUCAUUGACUCUGCUUUAGCCACCAAGUUGCAUUGUGAAAUUCAACCUACUGCACAUUUGUUGGUCACUGUUUCCAAUGGAGAAAGGACUGUCAGCUUUGGAGUGUGUCCUCAAAUACAAUGUUCAAUGCAAGAUUACCAAUUCAGUGGGGAUUUGAGGAUACUUCCCUUGGGAGGCUGUGACAUUAUUUUGGGGGAAGACUGGCUAAGAAGAUUAGGUAAUGUCAUGUUCAACUUUGCCAAGCUCAGCAUCUCUUUCCAACACCAAUGUGAGACAAUUACUUUAAUUGGUGCCAAAAAUUCUUCUUCUCUCAUAAUGAUGAGUAGUCAAGCUAUUAAAGAAUUCUUCAAGAAGAAUACCCAUGGCUUAUUAGGCCAUUUGUUUUCUAUCACUCCUUCAACUACCUCUCAACCAGUUCCUCCUUCCAUAUCCCAAUUAUUACAUUAUUAUGAGGAUGUCUUUCAGGAACCUACUUAUUUACCACCUACAAGAAACUUGGACCACACCAUUCCCUUACAGCCAAACUUAGUACCUCCUAAUCAGAGAGCCUAUAAAUGUCCCUACAUUCAAAAAUCUGAGGUAGAAAAAUUAGUGAAAGAAAUGCUUGAUCAUGAUAAAUUUCCUAUUCCAAUUAUUGAUGAGUUGUUGGAUGAAAUAUUUGGUUCUGGGGUAUUCACCAAAAUAGAUUUGAGAUCAGGGUAUCACCAAAUUCUUUUUCACCCUUAUGAUAUUUUUAAAACAGCUUUUAGAACCCAUCAUGGGCACUAUGAAUUCAAGGUUAUGCCCUUUAGGCUCACUAAUGCCCCUGCCACUUUCCAAGCUUUGAUGAAUGAAAUCUUUCAACCAUAUCUUAGAAAAUUCAUUUUGGUAUUUUUUGAUUAUAUUUUGGUUUAUAGCCCUGAUUUAUCUACUCAUCUUCAACAUUUGGAGAUCACCUUACAGUUACUCAGACAACAUAAGUUAUAUGCUGGGUUCUCUAAAUGCUUUUUUGCUCAGAGUAAAAUGGAAUAUCUAGGCCAUAUUAUAUCUGCAGAAGGAGUGGCUGCUGAUCCAGCUAAAGUGGAAAGAAUGACUUUUUGGCCCCAAGCAACCUCAUUGAGGGAAUUGAGAGCCACUCAAGCCUUCAAUAAUCUCAAAGCUUCCCUGGUUAGUUCCCCUGUUUUAGCUUUACCAGAUUUCCCCAAACAAUUUGUGCUAGAAACUGAUGCUAGUGGAGUUGGUAAUGGUGUUGUGUUGAUGCAAGAAGGCAGAGCCAUCUGUUUCUUCAGUAAAUCACUUGGUCCUAAGGCAUUAUCCCUUUCUACUUAUGAAAAGCAGUGA